AUGCCCGCAUAUACUGCGGCAAAGUCUGCAGUUUUGGAUCUCACGGGUGCAGAUGCAGUUGACUUACCCAAGGACAGUAUCCGUGUUAACGCUGUCUUGCCAGGAAUGGUUGGUACACCAGCGACAAAUCCCAGUCCGGAAAUGAGGGCGUGGCUCGAGGCAAAUCCACCGCAGAGAACUCCAUUGAAGAGGAUAGCAGCUCCAGCUGAAAUUUCAGACGUUGUUUGCUUCCUAGCGAGCUACGGUGCAAGUGAUGUAACUGUGCAAGUUGGGAGAUUGACUGGGGUUUCCUGGCUGGAUUAUAGGUGA